AUCUGGCCUGCGUAUGACGUCAGUUCUAAAAAUACAACAGUUUCGACAUCAAGCGGAUGGCAUGCUCGCGCGCCGUACGCUGGAUGGAUAGCUUCACUCGACGGCUUAGCAUAGCGCAGCAAAGGGGACAUUGUAUGAUUCCUCGAAGACAUGAGCGUGCAUCGGUGGAUCAAACGUUGCUGGCUGGAAGUGUGUGCGUUUGUGCUGUAAAGCGACGGUGUCGAUUGGUGUCUUCCGAUUGUUGAGUUGAAAAUAGUACGCGCCACCAUGCCUAGUGUUUGCGGGAAAGUCGUCCGCUAGUCUGGCAGGAGCGAUAAGUUUCUUUUUGUGUGUGUGUGCGUGUGUGUGCCUCGUAUGUCUGUGCAACAACGGUUCACGUGUGCUCCUGCCACCCUUGCUCAUCCUUGAACCGUAGCGCCAUCGUUUGGAGCAGCCCCCAUCGGCACCCGUCCCAACAUCACCCAGCAGCAUUUUGGUGCUGUUCGAUAUCGAUUUUUGCGCUGGUGCGACUGGCUGGUUAACCUUACACCACCUGGACAAGGUUAAAAGGGUGAUGCACAGUUGCAUGAAAACUAUCUCCACGGUCAUGAUGCGCCCCUGCACGCUGGAUAUAAGAACCAACUAUCACGAUGGAUGCUACACGUUCAUGAGGGACACUUUCAGAUGCUGGAAGACACGGAUAGAAUCGGACAAAUGUUCACAAAUCUCCGAAUUGUUUGCCGAUCUGCAGCAGUCGCUGUCACGGAAGCAAGUGCGAGAUAUUGUAUUCACGAUGAAGAAUGUCACACGAGCACCCGCCAUGCUAGCGCGUCCAACCAGCAGGAAAGCGGUCACCACAACCACGGCACCAUCGCAGCAGCAGCAGCAGCAGCAGCAAAAUCACUCACCAACAACCAUGCCACAGUGCCAGCGCCGGGCGCUCAAACAGGACGAUCGGCCAUCGCUUGACGGACAGUUAACAUUCGGCGAAUUUACUGCGAUAGCAUCCUGUACGAAAUGUUUUGGCCGACAGUCGUCCUUUCACGCAAUGCGCGCGCGCAACGGCGAGGACCUCGGUAGCUUGCUGGCCAGCCAUGGGUCCGCAACGGACGGUGAACCGUCGGCCGGGCCGGAAGUGUUUCUCGGCGGUUCCUGCAAUCCCACGACCUGGCGAGCGGACGUCGCCAUUCCGGCGCUCGACCGGCUCGGCAUUUCCUUCUACAAUCCGCAAGUAUCCCACUGGACACCAGAUCUGAUCGAACUCGAGCAUCGCGCCAAGGAAAAGGCGAAGGUACUGUUCUUCGUGCUCGACUCCCAGACCCGCUCCACUGCUGGGGCCAUCGAGGUGGCACACAUUGCCGGGCAGAACUCGAAAUAUUUAUUGCUUGUGCUGCUGCCGUACGCCAGCAGACAGAAAAUUCUCAAUGAAACCCUAUCGGAAGACGAGUAUAUGGAUCUCAUGAGUAAUCAGCUUAUACUAAGGCAACUGGUGCUGCGCCGCGGGCUGCCAGUGUUGGACAGUAUUCCCACGGCGCUGGAACAGAUCAAGGAAGUGCUGCUGGGCAACUGUUGUCCCCAGCCCCCGGUGAAUCUUGCAUCGCGCUUAAUCUCUCUGCGACGAACGUUCGAACGAGUUGCGGCGGACAUUACGGAAUGGGCCCGCAUCAGUCUGGAACAGUGUCAGCAAGCGCUUCGCUGUCUGGGCUACCCGGAAAACGUGAGCACGCUCGGCAACAUUCAAAACAUUCUGCUUUGCUACGAAGAGGUGGCCGGACUCGGGCAGCAAACGGAGCUCAUAAGACGGGGCGACGCCAGCCAGGUACUUGUCAGCUUCGAGGAGUUUUGCGUGAUCGAUGCGUGCGUUUCGAUACUGAUGCUGGACUUCUACGAGCACAACUGCACGUCACCGAUCAAGGGCACGAAUCUUCAACAGCCGCCAGUGUAUCUGACGGAUCUGCAAGCAUGGAACCACACCAACCCCGAACUAUCGCCGUUCGAGAACGGCUCCGGCAAGAGCCCGCGGACAUUCGUUUUGCCAAAAAAUGGCGAAGAAUCGAUGGUCGCACCGACAACGAACGGAGCGACCGAUCCUCCCAGUGUGGCUGGACCACCUAGCAGUAGAGGUGGCAGUGAAAUCUGCCGCACCCCACCCGUCGCCACUGACCCGGGCGGUGAGCGGCCGAAGCCGCUGUCGCCCCUGCUUACCGGCUGCUCGCUCCCGGCAGAGAUCGACGAACCACGUGCAUUUACAUUUGAUGGCGAUCCCUUCGACGAUGAGGAACCGUUCCUGGGGCGCAUCGAGGCCCGGGACGUGUAUCUCGGGGGAAGCUGCUGGAUGAAAACGAGCUGGCGGCAGCGGGUCGCCUUUCCGAUGCUGAAGCGCCACAAUCUCAGCUACUACGUGUCGGCACUGCACGAAGGGUUUUGCUGCAGCAAGCCGGAACCGAUGGCCAGCGUGCCUGGCAGUCUUCAGCAGCAGCAGCAGCAAUUUGACCCGCAAAGCACCCUGCGCUACGAUGCCGCCAUGCUCGACGCUUGCCGUAUCGUCAUAUUCGCGAUCACGAACGAAACACGAUCUUUAGCACCCAUGACAAUGGCCGCGCACUACAUCGGACUAGGGUACAACGUUGUGCUGUGCGUGCAGAUGCUUUCCUCGAACGACGCGGCCACGAACGGGCACAAACCUACCCUAUCCUCAUCCGCCAUCAAAGACUAUAACCGCGGGCGCGCCUAUUUGAUUGAUCUGGCCAAACGGCACGGCAUUCCAGUGUACGACGGCUUGGAGGAAACGUUCGACAGCGUUAUCAACCGGUUAAGAAACUGUACUGUAAGAUACUCAACCUAGCGCCGCAACAUCAAACCCCCCCGUUUCCCUCGUCUCCCGCCUCCGGAAUACCCGCUUAUUGUGAUUUAGAGUUUAUUUUAUUGCUCCUUUGCUCCACUCCACUUUUUUUUAACAAACCCAACAAAACAAAUGAAGAGAACUUAUUAUAAACUAAUUGUACACACAGAACACGAGAACACACACACACCGAAACCCGACAACCCUUGAUGAGUAAGAAAAUAACAUAAUUUAAUAAUUCUCAAGCACUCAGA